AUGACAUUGAAACUUCUCAGGAAGAUGGGCGCCAUGCGCAAUUCUCCCACGUCCGACGACUUCAACGAACAAAAACCAAAUGUCGACCCCGGCCCAAGCUGGAAAUCGCUUUUCGGAUUCACUACCCGCAGACAUCUGCCAACACUCGUUCUCGGAUUGAUCUCUGCUCUUGCGGCUAGCUGUGUGACCCCAGCUCUGGCAAUCUCUCUUGGUAAUGUCUUCGACUCCUUCACUUCUUUUGCUGCUGGUCAGAUCGAUACUGGAGGUCUCGGUGACAAGAUCAUCCGUAAUUGCUUCGGAAUGAUAGGACUUGGUGCAGCUGGUUGGUUUCUUAAUGGGGCAUACUUUGCCCUCUUUGUUGCAUUUGGAGAAAUGCAAGCUUCCGAAAUCCGCAGUCAAGGCUUCCUGAAAUUGUUGAAAAGAGAUGUGGAGUGGUUCGAAGCCAGAAGUGAAGGCUCGGGCGCAUUCUUGUCUGGAAUACAAGCGCAUAUGCAUGAAGUUCAGAUGGCUACCUCACAGCCACUGGGACUUGUGCUGCAAUACACCGGUCGCUCAGUAGCAUCCCUUGUCUUAGGCUUUUACACCUCUUGGAGCUUGUCGCUGGUGACUCUUGCGGGUAUUCCCAUCUUCACCUCCAUCAUCGGGUUGCUCUCGUCGAAGAUGAAGACCAGCAUCGUGGCACAACAAGUCGAGCUCACCAAUGCCUCCAAAAUUGCCAACAAUGCAAUCACCAAUAUUGAUACUGUCAAAUAUCUUAAUGGACAGACUUUCGAGCAUCAGAACUUCUUUGAACGCAUUGAGCGAUCUGCAACACACUAUCUUCGGCAGGCUCGAUUGAACUCUCUCCAGAUUGCAUUCAUCCGGUGGAUGAUCUUCGGCAUGUUUGUUCAAGGUUUCUGGUAUGGAAGUUCGCUGGCUCGUACCGGGAAACUUUCAUCCGGAGAGGUGUUAAGGACUUUCUGGGCUUGCCUGACUGCAGCCCAGUCCCUCGAGCAGGUGCUUCCGCACAUGAUUGUGAUGGAAAAAGGAAAGGUCGCAAGUGCCGCUCUGAAGUUGAUAGCACGCAGACCAGCGAAUGGCAGAUCACCAAGUGGAACGCGAUACCCGGAGCAUUGUGAAGGCGAUAUCCAAGUCAAAGAUGUAUCUUUUGCGUAUCCAAGCCAGCCUGGUCAAAUAGUUCUCAAGCCAUCGACCUUUCUCUUCCCUGCAGGGGAAAUUACCUUUGUCAUUGGGAAGAGUGGAUCUGGAAAAAGUACACUCAGUCAGCUGUUGAUGCGAUUCUAUCUCCCAACGUCUGGUGAGAUUAUCAUUGACCGAAAUCCAAUGGAGGAGCUGGAUAUCAACUGGAUCCGAAACAACAUCACUUUGCUGGAGCAAAAGAGUGUUCUUUUCAAUGAAUCUAUCCUCACAAACAUUGCCUUUGGUCGCCAGAACAAUGGGAGUGUCACGAUGGACGAUGUUCAAGAAUGCAUUCAGCUCGCCAUGCUUGAGAACACCAUCGACGGUCUCCCCACAGGAGUCGACACAUGCGUUGGUCCCGGUGGAAGCUUCCUGAGCGGUGGGCAGAGACAAAGAGUUGCGAUUGCCAGAGCCAAAUUGCGGGACACGCCCAUCUUGAUUAUGGAUGAGCCCACAAGUGCUCUGGAUCACACUAAUCGAGUCGCGGUGAUGGAAGCAGUUCGUAAAUGGCGAAAGGGCAAGACCACAAUCAUCAUUACCCACGACAUGUCGCAAAUCAUGGAACGAGACUUCUUGUACAUCCUAGAACAGGGCUCGAUCGUUGAGUCAGGCUACCGGUAUGGGGUCGAGCUCAGUCCAGUUGGCAAAACGUACUUUGAUUCGAACGUCGACAAAGCUCAAAUCCAAAUGGAAAGCGGCACAUCUAACGGGGUUGAUACUGAAUGGGAUAAUUCGCCACGUGCUAGCUUGGACACGCUGCGACCUCCUAUGACUGUGCGCGCACAUCAUCGUGCAAGACUAUCGUGGGCUCAAGGUCACAUUCCUUCCAAUGUUCGCUUUAGUUCGUUGGAUAUCAACUCAAACAGGAACUCGGUAUACUCAGUUUAUCCACUAAACUCCGCUGAGUUGCCUAUUCGUGAUCCGUCGAGCCAUUUUUCAUUCUUUGGUGAAAGAUCCCGAAAGGUCCCACAGGAAGCUGCUGCUAAUUCCCCAGGCGAAGAGGUUGAAAUGGUUCAGCUCAACGACCAGGGCUUGAAUCCCAAGACACAUUCCAACUCUCAGGUUGUACUUGGGCAAAAUGGUUCGCCAAAUGGCAAGGUUUCUCGACACCUGCAUUGUCGCCCCUCAUUGCAAUUCGGAGGUCGACGCAUAUCCAAAGAAAAAAUGACUCCGCUCUCUCAGAUCAUGAAGACCGUUUACCCAAGCCUUUCUGCACGUUAUCGAAUCAUGCUUUUCCUUGGGUUCGCUGCGGCAUUGAUGCAUGCAAGCGCCACACCGAUGUUCUCUUACUGUCUGUCCCAUCUGUUCAGCACUUUCUAUGCCGGAAAUAACAAUGCGCGCCUGACAAUGACUUGGUCCCUGGCUGUACUCGGAGUGUCACUUGUAGACGGCCUUGCAUCCUUCUUCAUGCACUACUUCCUAGAAGUCUGUGGCGAGAUGUGGAUGGACAGUUUCCGGAAGAACGCUUUCAAACGGAUUCUCGAUCAACCACGGGCCUGGUUUGAAAAAGAGGGCAACGAGUCUCUGAGACUCACUUCCUGCCUUGACCAGAAUGGAGAAGACAUGCGGAACCUGCUUGGUCGCUUUGGUGGAUAUGUGGUUGUUGCGGUUUCGAUCACAGCGAUGUCCAUCAUCUGGAGUUUGAUUGUUUGCUGGAAGUUGACACUCGUUGCACUGGCAUGUGGACCGGUGAUUUACGGCAUCACUCGGGGCUUUGAACAAACGAAUGGGUUAUGGGAACGACGAUGCAAUGCUGCGAACAAUGUUGCGGCUGAUGUCUUUACGGAGACUUUCUCGAAUAUCCGCACUGUCAGAGCACUGACUCUGGAAGGUCACUUCCAUCGCAAACAGUCCAAUGCCAUCGAUUCGUCUUUGAUGCUGGGUUUGAAGCGUGCUAUCUACACGGGCAUGAUGUUCGGAAUGGUUGAGUCGACCGUCAUCUUUGCAAGUGCUUUGAUAUUUUACUAUGGAGGUGUUCUUGCAGCAUCAAAGGAGCACAAAGUCGACGAUAUUAUGAUGGUGUUUUCGAUGCUUCUGUUCAGCAUCGGAUACGCAGUGCAAAUUCUUUCGUGGAUUCCCCAAAUCAACACUGCCCGCGAAACAGCAGCUCGGCUCAUUCGCCUCACUAAGCUUCCUCAGUCUGGAUCACACGAACACAGGGGCACCCUCACCGUUUCGAAGAUCACACCUAUCAUGCUUAACAACGUGAAUUUCCGAUAUCCCUCUCGGCCUACCACAUUGGUGUUGAAGAAUGUGUCUUUCACUAUCCCCCGCAAUUCGUGCACAGCACUCGUCGGACGAUCCGGAUCGGGAAAAUCCACCGUUGCCUCCCUCUUGCUGGCUCUCUACGAAGCACCGAUGUCGACCAAUGGAAAGCCGGCAAUUACACUCGGCGGCGAGGACAUCCUACGUUUUCAUGUCCCAACACUGCGCUCCCAGAUCUCAAUCGUCUCCCAACAGCCAACAAUUUUCCCGGGAACCAUCCACGAGAACAUCAGCUACGGGAUUGAUAAACACACCUCCAUAGCCACCUCUUACAGCGUCUGCGCAGCCGCCGCUGCAGCCGGAAUCGACGACUUUAUCUCAUCUCUCCCACGGGGCUACGAAACCGUCAUCGGAGACGGAGGAGUCGGUCUAUCGGGUGGUCAAAAGCAACGCGUGGUCAUCGCCCGUGCUCUGCUGCGCAGACCCCAAAUCCUGAUCCUUGAUGAAGCCACUUCCAGUCUGGACCCUGCUGGUGCGGAACUUGUCCGACAGACUAUGCAGCAGCUAGUCGCCGCGCGUCAUGGGCUCACUGUUAUUAUCAUCACACACGCUAAGGAGAUGAUUGAGAUUGCGGAUCAUGUUGUUGUUCUUGACCAGGGUAUCGUUGUUGAGGAUGGACCUUGCCGAGUUUUGUCGAAGACAUACGAUUUCCUAUGUGGACCUGAGGAAGCAUAA